AUGGCGUUCAUCGACCAGACACAGGACUUUCGGAGUCUGAUAGCGGAGGGGUCGAAGAGUGGCCCGUCAAAGACGAGGCCGAAACCGCCCCGCAGGCAGUCGGAGGAGGAGAAGAAGGACUCGUUUCUGAAGGAGGCGUACCAAAUCAUCCGCAAGCCCUACCUCUCGACGGCGGAGGCGCCGCCCCUCCACCGUCGUCGGCCGGGCGCCGCCGCCGGAGACGACGACACGCUGAAGCGCUGGGAGAACACCAAGUACCUCUCUGAUCGGGAGCGGGACGAGAUCGACGUGCGCGCCAAGAUGAUCCUGCGGCGGUGUCGGGAGCGAGUCGGCCAGCUGGAGCAGGGCGAGAAGGCGCGGCAAGAACGCGUCAUCCCGCAAAACAAGCUGUACAAAUUCCUCCCCUCGCUAGCGCCCACAGAGGACGACAGCGGCACGGUGCUCCUGACCGCUCACCGCGCGAGCGUGUUGUGGACGCUAAACUCCCUCCUGGCGCGGCUGACAACGACCACGUCCGAUCUGCAAGAGGAGCGCGCGAAGCGGCGCGCCGAGCGCCAAAAGACCCUAGGCGGGAGCGCGGAGCGCGAAGCGCUGUUGAUGGAGAAAGGCCAACCAUUGGGUAUGGGGCAGCAUUUCCCCAACAUAGCCUCGAUGGGCACAGGCAUAAUACCCGAGAACGAGCCGAGGAUCGAGGAGCAGCUGUCCCAAGCCCAGCUGCAGGAGUUUGAGAGCGAAAACUCGGCACUGCUCGAGCACAUGCAGAGCCAGCUCGACUCUGUGCUUUCUGCUGAGAAGAGCCUGGUCGAGAUUUCGCAGAUGCAGGCUGAGCUUGUACGGCAUCUCACGCAGCAGACGGAGAUGGUCGAUCUGCUCUAUGACCAGGCGGUGGCUAGUGUGGGGCAGAUGGGGGAUGCGAACCGGGAACUGCGCAAGGCGAGGGAGAACAGCGGCCAGAGCCGGCUCAUGCUCCUUGUGUUCUUGCUCGGGAUGAGUUUUGCGCUCCUCUUCCUGAACUGGUACUCAUAA